AUGACGAUCAACCCACAUGUCGAGUCUGCCAAGUUUCUUAAGAUCGCUAUUGUUGUUGUGACAGUGAUCGGGUCCCUGUUGACAGUCCGGCCGCUGAGGUCCGUGAGUGGAAAUGUAGCGGGGGGGCCGGGGACGUGCUCCGGAGAGGACUCCUCUGUUUGGAUCAUGUGCGCCAGGCGCAAAAGCGCACUCUCCCUAAGAAUGACUCUUCACUGCCGGUGGGAGCCACACUCUCUGCUUUUAUCGCUGCUGUGUCGCUGGCUGUGUACCUCUGCUGGGGGUCUACAAAUCCUGGAACAGGACGCGCCUGAACUCAUCUGCAGCAAGGGCUUCGCUGAUUGCAGCUUGAGCUCAGCGGGGUUCUCCGCGGCCCUGCUGGAUCCGUACGGCUCUGUGGAGGUCAGCGGCGUGCAGCUCAGCGCUGGCCUGUGCCGCUCCGCCAGCAGCUACAAACCCUGUCUGCAAAUCCACAUCUCUCUCCAAGAUGUGGUUUGGACGUCUGAAGAGUCAGGUGCUGAUAGCGACAAGGAAGAGACGAGAUCAGACGGUGAAACUCUGGUCAAAGUGUGCCUCUCCUUUCCGGGUAACACUGACAUUUGCAAGGCGGUGCAAUUUACAGCAGUGAAUUUUAAGUCAAGACUGGCAUCCGAAGAGAACUCGCAUAAGCUGCUGUUGACAGAGCAAGUAGAUUUUGGGAUUACUGUUGUGGUGGUCACAGACUCAAAGGAAGUGCACAACGUCCAAAAUAUCACGAUUCCCGCUCUGGAGGAAGUGUGCUCCUCAAAGUUUGGGAGGAAUGUAACAGAAUGUGCCGUUCCCAGACUCCAGGCUGUGACCGAGCACGAGAGAAAUGUGGUGCGGCUGAAACUUGAAAACACAGAUUCCAAACAGGACCUCUUUUUGAUGAUGGUUUGGAAUGAAAUACCCCGAAAGGUUCUUCCAUGGCCCAAAGGAAAGAGUGAGAUGGUCAUCUCAAAAGACUUUGUUGCACCAUGCCUGUGCUUCCAGGUAUGGUGGAAGGGCAGAGACAGGAGAGGAAAAUAUUGUCCUUUCACAGGUCAGAAAGACGCCCUUGAAAGAAUGCGACUGAAUGUCUCAGUGACUGUGGUGGAGACAGUCACGAGAGACGGUGGGACGGGUUUGAGGUGGAACGCGACAUCUCCCUGUAUACUGGAGGCAGAGGUGUGGCUCUGCAAGAGAGCCGUGGCAGGGGGCCAGUGCGAAGAAGUGAUGGGCUCCAGGCAAAAGCUCCAGGCGGGCUGGAUUGCGACACACAACGGGCACUGGCAAACUGGGGAGUUCAAUGUGUCAUCCAACCCUCUGCUAUGUGUUCAGAUGAAGAUAAAAGGAAUGGAGUCACACUUGGAGCCCCACUGUCCUUUUUCAACAUCUCGAGUGAGAUGGAUCCUGCCGCUCCUCAUUGGACUGCCACUAAUGUGUUUGGCUGUGUUAGGAGCCUAUUUCUUACAAGGCGUCCUAAAAGGCUAUGUUUGGAGAUGGCUGAAAGAAGACGAUGCCGUGGGCUUCACUGUGUCCCUGGACCUGUGGAGCCAGUCCGAGCUUGCCAAGCUGGGGCCGGUGGCGUGGCUGCACUCGCGGCUGGACCGGCUGCAGAGGCAGGGAGGCAAGGUAGUGCUGGUCCUCACACAGGCCACCUGGACGAGGGCCGAGGAAUGGGGAGCUCAGAGCAGCUUUAGGAACACGCCUAGAGAGAAGGACGGAGGCCCGGGGGAGGACGUGGAGACAGCGGGGAGCUGCAACGCCUCGUCUCACCGCGCGGAUGUUUUCGGGGCUUCUCUGAGCUGUAUCCUAGCAGAUUAUUUACGGGGGCGCGCGGGUGAGCGGUUCAUGCUGGUGCAGUUUGAAUCGCUUCCUCCGGAGCCUCCGGCUAGUUUCAGGCCACUGCCACAGCUCUUCCGUGGCCUCCAUGUCUACAGCCUUCCAUCCCAGAGUCUGGGUUUUCUGACUGAGCUAGCUGGAGCAAAGCAAACGGCUUCAGCAUCGGACAGAAGGAAAAGGACGGGAGGGCUCAGGAUGGCAUCCCGUACUCUGGCCCAAAGGCUGUCAGGGUUCACGGCGGGGACAAAUGUGUUACGACAGGGCUGUGUCGGCGUGGGGAUUGAAGACUCUGGAGAAACGGUGCCCUUAAAGCCAUGCCUUCCCACACCCCCGUCCAGCCCUGACACCGAGCCCAGAGUCAGUGAAGUGGAGUGUCUCUGA